UAAAAAAGAACCAAUUUUUCUGUAAUGCAUUUCCAAUAAAAAUUCAUUGCAUAUAUCGGAUUUUUUAUAACGGAUUUCGCCUAUUUCGGACAAAAUCUCCAGUCCCAUUCCAAUGCAUUUCCAUUAAAUUUCCAUUAGAUUCGCCGAAUCGUGACAGGCCGCUAUACGACGUCAUUUGCAGCGUUUGCAGCGUUGCCUGUGCGUCCAGAUACAUUGGAAACAUAGUCAAGGAAGUGCCUUUUUAUAACGGAUAAAAUCCGAUUUACGCAUAUACCGGAUAUAAAUCCGAUAUAUGCGUAAAACGGACAUUUUCCGGUAUACGCAUAUAGCGGAUUUCGCUUAUAUCGGACAAAACCAGUGGGAACAAUUGAAUCCGAUAUAUCCGAGGUUUACUGUACUUGUUUGGCCAGCAAGGCGAAAUUUUGCGAGGCGAUGGAGGUUUGUGUCCAAGCCCGACCUUCAUGGCUCUGUUGGGUUGGAUUGCUUUGCGGAGGCGUUUAUGCAGCGAAAUACAUCCUGUCAUUUGCUUUUAACAUGCAUCCCUGUAUGCUAAAUAUGGUGACCAUAUUGCUACAUUUUUGCGUCCUUUCCAGUGUGAUGCAGAGCACUAAAUGUAUUUGUGCUUCAUAUUGAUUCGGUGCAUCCAGGCUUAAGUGAACGUGUUGAGUGCAUUGAGAUGGAGCUCUAUCUGUGGAGGCAACGCUCCAUUGAUAUUCCUUCCUACAUGGCAGCCUGUUAUGCAUAUGAUGGCUCUAUAUAAUGAUCCUGCUUUCCCUGUGGGCUUGUCCGUCAUUGUGUUGGACGCAGGUGCACACACGUCUACAUUUUUGGAUUCGUUUUAUUUUUUAAAGCCAAGCAAUGGAUCGACCGGUGAUCAAGAUGAGUCAGACGCUGUUCAUGAUCAUCAAUGUUCCUCUUGUCAUCUUCUGCCUCGUUAUGAACUUCUUUUUUGUGUUUUGCUUGGGAUGCACUCAAAGGAAGUCAAAAGGACUCAAGCAGCCUUUAAAGUUCCUUUUGGAAUUUCUCACCUGGUGCUCAACUUUAUAUUUGAUCUUCUUAAUAGUGAACUGGUCAUUGACAUUCGGGAAUUUCAACAAAUUAUAUAUAAUUCUGUGGUUUUCAUUGCAGUUUUUUGUGCAUAACAGCAUGAGCGCCUAUGUUUGGCUCGCUUUCUACUACUUCACCCAGAUUGUCCCUGCACGGCACGCUCUCUUUGUUUGGUUGAAGAGGAACAUCAAGGUGACCAUUUUCAUAGCUGUUCUUCUGGAUUUCCUGGUUGUUUUUUACAACUACACUUUGGAAAUUGCAGAUUUCCUAAUUAAAUGGCCUCUGCUGAUCAACGGCAACCACACUCUGACCAGGAUCCCGUUUUACCACAAUUCUUAUGUGGACAUUUUCAACUUAGUAAGUUAUAUUGUCGCUAAGGUUUACAUGAUGAUGACUUUAUUCCUCAUGAACAUUUCAAGCUUUACAACCCUUUUAUACUUACAUGGCCACAUGAGAAAUAUGGGGAAGAGUGGCAUUUCAGUCUCUGCGUCAAGACUUCGGAAUUGGUUACGAGUCACUGUGACCGGAAUUUGUCAGAGUGUUAUUUUCUUCGGUUGUAUGACUUUUGAGCUCUUUGAGUCGCUCACCUUGAAAUAUUCUGAUUUAUUCUUUGAGGUUCACAUCAGUUUCACCGUCACUACUUUGUACAUAUUUGGUACCACAAUAAACAUGGCUGUCGGUCAAUCCGCUUUUAGGCAAAGGAUAGCUGCUUCAUGGCGGGCGCUUAAAACGUUGUGUAGUAUUGGCACAGGAUCACAUGAUCUGAUGUCUGAAUCAGCUGACAUGGCCAAUACUGUAACUACCACUUGA